AUGAGUCAUACUUCUCCGCCGCGUUCACCCGAGCACCACCGUGGUAGUGGUUACAGAAACGAUAAAGAGGAGAGACCCCGGUUCUUCGACUCGAAGGCGAAGAGCAGGUGCUGGGCCAAAGCCGAAGUAGUCCCAGGUCGAAAUCCAGAGAGGUGGCGCAAAGACGCCGCCGGUAACAUAGUCUGUAAGCGCUUCGGAAACUGCCAGGGCUGCCUCUGCUUUGAGUACGACCACAUCGUCCCUUUCUCCAAAGGCGGUGAAUCCGUGGAAGAGAAUUGUCAGAUACUACAAACGAGAGUGAAUAGGUUUAAAUCAGCUCAUGACCAGUUUGACAAAACUCUGUUGAAAGGGUACUCUUGUGAUGUCAAGUUCACCGGUAUGUCCCACGUUGUCUCUGCCUUUUCCCACUCCGGAGUAAUUUUAAAGAAAAGACAAAUCUUUGGAAUUGGUACGAUCUUAAAGCGAAGCUCACAUGGGACUUGGCAUGAUUGAGUUUCAAGUAAAGCCUUAGUUCUGUUUCAGAAUAAAAAG